AUGGAUAAAUACAUUCAAUCCAACACUGCUCCUGUUUGUCAUUCGACUCUCUGUGAUUAUGAACUUUCUCGAUAUGAUGUAGCAUGCUUACCACUCGAAGCCGAUAUUAUUAAGCGUUUAUUAACUUGUGUCAAAAGUACUCAACGUGCUCAAUGUCCUUCAUGUUCCUUCUAUGUCGAUUUUAAUACCAUGGACGAUUUUCAAAAACAUGUAGUUUCAUGUAACUCAGAAAAUUUGAUUCCUUGUGAAUAUUGUCAUUGUCUAUAUAAUGUUCAUCAAUUGGAUGGUCAUUCACGACAAUGUAGGAAUGUUCCUUCAGCUCAACAACAACAAGCGUUAAUCGAUUUCAUCUUACCUCGAACUAAAUAUCCACUAACGGUACAACAGAUUCGAGUCUUUAUCGAAAAUAGAAAGAAGACCCGUUUGCCACUCGAUCCACAUUCCAUUGUUGAAACACUAGCUGAGUUUGAUGGUGCCUUUCCGUUUGAGAUUCCAACUCGUGUCUGCGACGUGUGUAUGGAAACAUGUGUUUAUGAUGAUAUUUUUGUUUUCGGUUGCGAGGAACAUCAUAAACUAUGCUAUGGAUGCUUUGGAGAUUCAUGUACAUCAAAGAUGAACAGUAAUGGAAUACUUACAUGUGGACUGUGUGCUUACGAACUGCAAGAAGGAGAAAUCAGACAAUUGCGAGUACCAGAUGAUCGAAAGCAACAAUUUCUGGAUUACCAAAUUCAGAAAACAUUCAGUGCUUAUGCUGGCGGUACUGUAGGAGUAAUUAGAUGUCCAAACCAAGCAUGCAAAUGGGUAGCUGAGGCACAGAAUCCUAAUGACCGCUUUCAAGUUCAAUGCCCCAUGUGUGGCUAUGAGUUUUGCUCACUUUGUAGUCAACAAUACCAUUUUCGAACAACAUGCCAACAAAUUCCUGAAAUUACACAACGUUGGUUCUUUUGGUGUAAUACAGAACGUGGUAAUUAUUGGCAAGCUCGAGCACAACAAGAUGCUAACUUUAGGGCACAGGUGGAAGAUUAUGAACGACAAAAAGCUGCUAAUGUUCAACGAAAUCAAGAACUGGCUCAACGUUACAAUGAACUAUUGGCUGAUGAAAAUUAUAAAGCUCAAAGUUGUCGUCUCUGUCCACACUGUCAACGAGUUGUACAGCAUCUAAGUGGAUGCGAUCUAAUGGUAUGCGGUCGAAAUUAUCAUGGCGGUGACGAUCAGUCUGGUUGUGGUAAAGGUUUUAAUUGGUCUCAAGCUCUUCCUUACGCACCCAUUAACAAUACAGGUCCACAGCAAGUUACAAAUGAUCUACCUUCUCCUGAGCAACAAAAGCUUAUAGUGCAUACAGGUGUUCAAUGUGAUGCUUGUCACAAUGAAGUUCAAGGUAUUCGAUUCGAUUGUAUUCAUUGUGCUUCGUUAAUAUUCUGUGAAAAGUGUGAACAACGUUCCACUCUCGAGCAUUCAAAUGAAAUACGCAAUCAACAAAAACAACAGCAUGUUUUUCAACUGAUAUCACGACCGCUAAACGAAAACAAUGGACAAUGA